AUGUCAGCCUUUAGCACGCCAUGGCUCAACAGCCAGGAGAACAACUUCUUCAACGUCCUGAACAGAAGCAAGAGCGCCAAUGUCAUUCUUGCUGCCGAGACCGAAGAUUUCGAUGAGGAGACUCAGAAGAGAUGGGUUGAAGAAGGCUUCUUUGUCAAAUAUGUUCCCUUACUGAAAGGCGGAUGGGACUUCAUCCAUCGUCUGCAUGCCGUGGGUGACGCAUUUGGUGUCUCGGAGUACUAUGCUAUCGUAGCAUACGGGGACGCCGCCUCUCUAGCACUGGAAGGGCACACCAAGCCAAAUCAUCCUAAGCUAUGUGCAGUGGUGGCAUACUACCCGUCCCGGAUACCCUCGGUACACACUAAAUUCCCGGCAUCGAUACAGGUCCUGGUCCAUCUUGCCGGUACGAAGAUUGGCGUUCAAAAGCACCCUGAAGUCCUUGGAAUCCAAGGCAAAGCCAAGACCGUACAGAAACGAAUCGAUCCUGGUGUAGGCUAUGGUGAAUGGCUUCACUUAGCUUUCAAGGCUUACACCUACUCUGGCGUUCAACCCGGCUUCGCAGAAUCUGACCUGGAGGAGUACGAUCCUGUUGCAGAUGGGGUAGCCUUUACACGCUCGAUCGCCACGGUCAGAAAAGGCUUCCGGCUAGAGAACGACAUCGAGGCCGUCCGGGACACGCAGGCGACGUAUUUACACUCUGGCCAACAGGGACGAGCCAUGAAGCAGACAAGACCAUAUGCGCAUGUCAUACAUACCCCAACCCUGACAGGGGGUGUUGGUAUGGAAGACUUGACAGAUUUCUACGAGAACUUCUUCACGCCCAUACCGCAAGCUACGAACGUCUCACUGCGCCUUCUAUCACGAACGAUUGGCACAGGCCGGGUUUGCGAUGAGAUCUUUGUGGCUUUGACCCACACCGUUGAAAUCCCCUGGCUACUUCCCGGCGUACCGCCCACGAAUAAGCGGAUUGAGAUUGUUAUCGUAAGCAUAUUCCACGUGCGAGGCUCGAAGCUGGAAAGCGAGCACAUCUACUGGGAUCAGGCAAGUGUGCUUGUGCAAGCUGGCCUACUUGAUCCGAAGCUUGUGCCGGAUGCGAUGAAGAAGAAGGGUGUGGAGAAGUUGCCCGUGGUGGGUGCGGAGGGUGCAAGAGCGAUAAAAAGAGGGGGCUCGAGGCAAGUCAAUGCGUUGAUUCCUGAUUGGUGA